UCCUUUAUUAAUUUCCUCGCCAAACUUUUCUAUUCUCGCAGUUCUUUAUUUGAAGUAAAACAUCGAAAAAAAUAUAAAAUUAUAAAAGAAAAAAAUGAGGCCCGGGCCGGAAUUUAAUGCGGCGGCGGGGCCCAUAGUGGCGGCGGCGGCGGCGGCGGGGGCGGGGGCGCACUCGGCGUGGCACUCGCCGGUGCCGUACCUAUUCGGGGGGCUCGCGGCGAUGCUCGGCCUCAUCGCCUUCGCUCUUCUCAUCCUCGCCUGCUCCUACUGGAAGCUCUCCGGCUACCUCGCCGCCGGCGGGGACGGCGGCGCCCCCGCGCCGGAGGCCGCCGCCGGCGAGAAGAUUCCGGCGAUGACGGCGGCGGCGGCGGUGAAGUACGAGGAGAAGGUGGUGGUGAUCAUGGCCGGGGACGCGAAGCCGACGUUCCUCGCCACGCCGGUGUCGAGCCGCGCCUCAUCGUUCGGCGAUAACAGUGGCGAUUCGAAGCUCAAGGAGAAAAAUGAGAAAAAAACGGCGGAGGAGGAAGAAGAAGAUAAAAAUGCACGAAAGGAUACCCAAAAUUUUACUCCGAAUCAUGGAGAGGUUUGA